AUGGUCGAUCAGUUUGUUGGGACCUGGGCUCUGACUGCCACCGAGAACUUUGAUGAAUACAUGAAGGCCAUGGGUGUGGGCUUCGCCACCCGGCAGAUGGGCAACAUGGCAAAGCCCAACCUGAUGAUCAGCGUGGACGAUGCUGGUCUCGUCUCAAUGAAGUCUGAAACUACCUUCAAGACCACAGAGAUCAAAUUCAAGCUGAGCGAAGAAUUCGACGAGACGACUGCAGACGGCCGGAAGACCAAGACCAUCAUCACUCUUGAGAAUGGCAAACUUGUGCAACAACAGUCAUGGGAUGGAAAGAAAACGACACUAGAAAGAGAGAUUCAAGAUGGAAAAAUGACAGCUAAAUGUGUCAUGGAUGACGUGGUUGCAGUGAGGACCUAUGAGAAAGCAGCUUAA